AUGGCGACCGUUGUACUUUUAGGCGCCGCGGAAGGAAAGCUCGAGAGUCGCGUCGCCAGGCUUGACGACAUGCUCGCUCAGAAUCUAGCCGGGCUCGAGACUGAAUCGGAUUUGGUCCAGAUCAACAAAGAGAUACAGAGUGCCGAACAAUGCUUGCGAAUUUGUGCCGAAUUUUCGGAACAUAUCGCCGAGCCCCAGCUUACGAAUACGAAUAAGUCUCCUAGACCCGACGACAAAGGCAACAUCGAGUUCAAUUUAGUAUCUGAGGAGAGCACUAGUGACAGUGUACAAGAGCUCAAGGAGCGUGUUAGUCGCAUGAAAGCUCAAAUGGCAAGCAUAGAGGACCGGCGAAUCAACCAUUUGGUACAGAAAGUGGCGACCACAAACAACUCAGCGACAGCAGCAUCAGAACUAGCAGCAGAUUUGGCAGCGAUGACGAAAGAGUUCAAGUUGACGAGGGAAAUGACAGACGAACUGUCAUCAACAAUUGCCAGGUUGGAGGUCGAAAUGGCAUCGUCUGUCAUUGACAACCGUGGAGAAGGUGACGUCCUGCAGUACUUCGUCUCGACUAAAGGCAAAAGUCUUCGCGGUAAAAACGUAGGGACUGGUCAGAAGAUACAGCAGUUUGUUGGCUAUGCUGAGGAUGAGACAGUGAAGCAGGUAUCAAAGGAUAUGAGUAGGAAUUCCUCUCUCAACGCUCAAACGUCUGAGGAGUUGUCGGACAUUGCUGAUGCUGUUAAGGCACAGGUUGUCCGCGGUGAAUCAGCGCACCGUCCCGGGCCACUGGCAAUUACCUACACCAGCCUUCACCCGGCCACUAGCCAUGAGCCGUUGGCCAAGGUCCCGGUCAGUCGGCAAGGCCGGCUGAGAUAG